AUGACGGAAGCGGCCAGCACGAUCUUCUACGAAAACUUUGACUUCGGAACCAACACUUUCAGGAUCAAGCAAGACACAUCGACGGGUCAUGCUGCUGUUCUCUGGGAUGCUGCAAAGGUGCUGGUCAAGUACUUCGAGGUAAGCGGCAUCGAAUGGAAGGAUAAGCGCGUGCUUGACCUGGGAUCGGGCUGCGGCCUCGUGGGCAUUUGUUUAGCAUCAGCAGGAGCACAUGUCACGAUGACAGAGCUGCCUGGGCAUACAAGCUUGCUGCAAGAGAACGUGGAGAACAACCUCAAGGCUCACUGCCCGGGCUCGUGGCAGGUUCAAGAGUGCGUGUGGGGUAGCCCAGGAGAGACAACGGACUGGGGGAACGUGACGGACAUGGGGCAAGGAUGGGACUUCAUCGUCGGAUCAGACCUCAUCUACUCAGACGCUAGCACCCCUCACCUGCUAAAGACCCUCCAACACAGCAUGGACGACAAGACAAGUUUCGUGCUAAGCUUUGAGCUGCGACGGGAGAAGGAUUUGGACUUUCUGCGAAAUAUCUCCAAGUGUGGCUUAGCAUUCCAGAAGAUUCCCGAGAAGGAGCUGCAUCCGGUGUGGCAAGCAGAGGAGAUUGGAAUCUUCAAGAUAUGGAAGAAGUCCUGA